GGUGUCCGCGGGUGGUGCUGGGGAGCAUCACCGCCGUCGGUGAGCCCGGCGGCGUGGCCCCACGCAGCCUCGCCGCACCGCGCACGGCCGAGGGGCACGGUGCCCUACGCUGCGUGGCUGUGGGGUGUCGUGCGGCCGGCACACCUGCUGUCGGUGCGCCCAGCGCCGCCCCCAUGGCAGCGCCCCGCCGGCCGGGCCGCGGCUCCCGCCUUCACACCCGCCACAGCAUCACCGGGCCUCGCCGGGCGGCCGGCCUGGGCCGCGGUGGCCUGCCCGGGGAAAAGCUCAGGCAAACCAGCCGUCCCGACCCAAACUUGGCACGGCCAGUGUUGCCAGAGGUCAUGCAAAAAUCUGGGGAAACGGUCAAAGUGGAAACAAGUAAACAGCAACAUGGAAGCUGGAGCGGUAUUGGGAAGCACAGGGUUGCAAAAUUUCCAUCGAGGCGGCCUUUUUGUCAGGUUGGACGCAUUGUCUUUGAAUUAUUUGCUGAUGUUGUACCUAAAACUGCUGAAAAUUUCCGUGCGUUAUGUACAGGAGAAAAAGGAACAGGGCCUACCACUGGAAAACCUCUCCAUUACAAAGGAUGUCCUUUCCACCGAAUUAUUAAGGAAUUCAUGAUCCAGGGUGGAGAUUUCUCAAACCAAAAUGGCACGGGUGGAGAAAGUAUAUAUGGUGAAAAAUUUGAAGAUGAAAACUUUCAUUAUAAGCAUGAUAAGCCAGGGCUGCUGAGCAUGGCCAACGCGGGACCUGGCACUAAUGGCUCUCAGUUCUUUAUUACAACGGUUCCUACUUCUCACCUGGAUGGCAAACAUGUGGUGUUUGGCCAAGUGAUCAAAGGAAUGGGCGUAGUUAAAAUACUAGAAAACGUUGAAGUAAAUGGAGAAAAUCCUGCUAAGUUGUGCGUCAUUGCAGAAUGUGGAGAGCUAAAGGAAGGAGAUGACUGGGGCAUUGUUCCCCAGGAUGGAUCUGGAGAUGUUCAUCCAGAUUUUCCUGAUGAUUCAGAUAUAGACCUGAAAGAUGUUGACAAGAUUGUGGCCAUAGCAGAAGACAUAAAGAAUAUAGGAAAUACUUUCUUCAAAUCGCAAAAUUGGGCAGUGGCAGCUAAAAAGUAUAGUAAAAGUUUACGGUAUGUAGAAGCUUCUGAAGCAGUGGCAGAGGAGGCAGACAAACCAAAGUUGAAGACUGUUGCUUUGACCUGCGUUUUAAACAUCGGCGCUUGUAAACUAAAACUGUCGGACUGGCAGGGAGCCAUCGAAACUUGUUCAGAGGCUCUUAAAAUAGAUCCAGCAAAUACUAAAGCUCUCUACAGACGGGCUCAAGGAUGGCAGGGAAUAAAAGAUCUCGAUGAAGCACUGGCUGAUCUUAAAAAGGCUCAUGAAAUAGCCCCUGAAGACAAAGCCAUCCAGACGGAAACGCUCAAAAUCAAGCAGAAGAUAAAAGCCCAAAAGGAGAAAGAGAAGGCAGCUUAUGCUAAAAUGUUUGCUUGAUUUUUUUUUUCUAAACUCUUAAAUCUAUGCACUAACUCAUGCAAAAGGAUAAAUGGAGCUGCUUCUUUCAUUUGCCCUGUACUGCAGUUUUCAGUGUUUACAACUCAAAAGUCUAAUAAUAAAGACAAACUGUUCAAAGGUGA